UUAUGUUCUGUGAUUUGACAGAACACGUUGAAUACGGGCUACGGGGUGGAAGUUGUGUUGUCGUUUUAGUUUUAUUUUUAGUUUUCACGCGCUGAAUUGAAAUUUUCUCAAAAAUAUUUUCUAGUUGCUGUUUUCAAUUCAGUUCUUGCAAUUCGACUUGAGAUUUGUUGGUUAUGUGUUUUGGAUAGUCAAAGGAAUUUCAGUUGAUUGUUGAGCCUCUUGUGUUAUAUAAGUUAGUGUUUUUUCACAAACUGUUUACAUUCUGCUGAGUGAGUUCUUCAAAGUGUUGUUCUUUUGAUUGACUUGCCAUCAUGGCUGAAGCCCAUUCAGCCGUUGCAUUCUCGUUUGCCAUAACACACGAAGGAUGGGAUGUCAACUUCGAUAGGGAAGUCCUCCAUUUAGUGUGGCAGUCGGGGAUUAGGUCUUGGAAAAAAAGAUUGGCAAGAUUUCAGAACAGUAUUCACAAUGGUGUUUUUCCUGGUCAUAUGUGGAGCCUAUGGAUUCUGAUAACACUUGUGACAGCAGUCCAUUUUUCUGGAUUCAAAAUUCCUUUGGAUCUUACUUCGAUAGUGCUAAAAUUAUUGCCUGGAUGUUGUACAAAAAUGCAGAUUCUAGCGUGCGUCAUAGUGGCGUUAACAUACUGGUUAGCGGUAGUGUUCAUGCUGAGGUAUACAUUUAAACUUCUCUUAAUGUACAAAGGUUGGAUGUUCGAAGCGAGAGGCAAAUCACCUUCCUUGCCAACUAAACUUUGGUUAGUCGCCAUUAAAAUUCUAAGAGGUUGGAACACUCCGAGGUUAUACAGUUAUCAAGGUUCCUUGCCAAGGCUGCCACUUCCUUCUGUUCAGGAAACCACGGAAAGGUAUCUCAGAUCAGUGAGACCUCUGUUGGAUGAUGAGCAAUAUGAAAGAACCAAAAAUCUAGCAAAAGAAUUCGAAAAUGGUAUUGGUAAAAAGUUACAAAGGUACCUUAUGCUUAAAUCUUGGUGGAGUACUAACUACGUAUCAGAUUGGUGGGAAGAGUAUGUCUACCUUAGGGGUAGGUCUCCGUUAAUGGUGAAUUCCAAUUUCUAUGCGAUUGAUGCCAUUCAGCUUCAAAUGACCAAUGUGCAGAUUGCACGUGCUGCUUCAACUAUCCAUUCCGCACUUGUGUUCAGACGAUUAGUAGAAAGACAGGAAUUGGAACCCAUAUUUAUUCAAGGAACGGUACCAUUGUGUUCAUGGCAAUAUGAGAGAAUUUUCAAUACAACAAGAAUACCAGGAAUAGAAACUGACAAGAUUCAACAUAUUCAAGAUUCCAAUCACAUAGUGGUUUAUCACAAAGGAAAAUAUUUCAAAGUAAUUAUUUACAAAGGAAGGAUACUGAAACCUUGCGAAAUACAGAUCCAACUUCAACACAUUUUAGAUGAUAAGACUGAACCUCUACCUGGUGAAGAAAAAUUAGCUGCACUCACUGCUGGGGAAAGGAAACACUGGGCUAAUACCAGAAGUUUAUUCUUUUCUAGGGGGGUGAACAAAAUAUCGUUGGACAUAAUAGAGAAGGCUGCUUUUGUCGUCGUACUAGAUGAUGUUCCUUAUGAGUUUGAUGAGAAUGAUCCAACAAAACUGGACAAUUUCGCAAAACUCUUACUACACGGUAAAGGAUAUGACAGAUGGUUCGAUAAAUCAUUCACAUUGUGCUUUGGGACAAAUGGCAAGGUUGGAUUCAAUGCAGAACAUUCUUGGGCCGAUGCAGCUGUAAUGUCUCAUGUAUGGGAAUGGAUCGUUGGACUACAAAAAUUCGACCAUCGAUAUGACGAGAAUGGUAAUGCAGCCGGCCUUCCAGAAUUGACACCCCCAGUUCCGGUCCGACUCAACUGGGAAAUCAAACACGAAUGCAGAGCGGCUAUCGAAAAAGCAAUGACUGUAGCAGAAGCCUUGAUUCGAGACAUUGAUUUGACUAUUUUCAUGCACAACAAUUUCGGAAAAGGUUUCAUGAAAAAGGCCAAGCUCAGUCCUGACGCUUUCAUCCAAAUGGCCCUACAGCUAGCGUACUACCGCGAAGCCGGUAAAUUUUGUCUCACUUACGAAGCCAGCAUGACGAGGUUAUUCAGAGAAGGAAGAACCGAAACUGUCAGACCCUGUACAAUUGAAUCGUCAGAUUGGGUGAAGGCCAUGGAAAAUAAGGAGAGUACGGAUGAAGAAAGGCUCAAACUGCUCACGAAAGCUUGUGAGAGGCACCAGCUUGGGUAUCAAGAAGCCAUGUGUGGAAAAGGUAUCGACAGGCACCUCUUUUGUUUAUAUGUAUUAUCAAAAUAUUUGGAAGUUGAUUCUCCCUUCCUUAAAGAGGUUCUCAGUGAACCCUGGAAACUUUCAACUUCUCAAACUCCCCAUGGUCAAACUGGUAGGAUAGACUUGAACAAGAAUCCCGAAUGUAUGUCAGCUGGAGGAGGUUUUGGUCCCGUGGCUGAUGAUGGAUAUGGUGUUUCCUAUAUCAUAGCAGGAGAGGAUAGGAUCUUCUUCCAUAUAUCCAAUAAAAAAAGUAGUAAAUACACAGAUUGCCAUGGAUUCGCUAGAAGAAUUAAUAAGGCGCUAGAUGAUAUGAGAACAUUGUGUUUGACGAGGAUGUUGUCUAACGGAAAGAAGAAUUAAUUUUAUAAACUAGGUUAGAUUUCGAAGGAGCUGAUAAUCAUUUUUGGUAUAUGGUAAUUUUACUGGAAUUAUUAAGAAAAUAUUUUCAUUACUUCAUUUCAGUCUUUAUAUUUGUGGUAUGUUAUAAAACAAGAAUAUUUUUCGGGAACAAUUAAGAAUGGGGUAUCAUUAUUUUUCCAGUUGUACUGGAAUAAAAUCUGUACAUAUGUUCUUAGAAGAAUAUUUUUGUAAAUAUGUAGUAGAACAAUUUCUAAUUGUUCAACACCAAUUAUGGUACAUAUAUUCUUUCAUGUAAAUGUAAAUUCUUCCUCAUCAUAGAAAACAGUUAUGAAUAUUCCUGACUGUUCUCUUUACUGGUCUGACUGAAAUGCAUGAGCAAUUCUGAUCUUUCUCUUUAUUGUUCAUUGUUCCCAUUGAACAUGCAAUACUAAUAUUUUUUUAAUACUAAAAAUUGGCCUACUAUGCAAAAUCAAUGCAAUAAAUAUAAUAAGAAAUAUUGUUUUCUCAUCUCAAUUAGUUGUUUAGUAAUAUUGUUUAUUCGAUUUUGAUGAAAACAUUAAAAACUCGAUAACUAAAA